GUACGGUUGCAGCGGAGUAGUAGGAGGAGUUUCUCAAAACUAAACAUAUUGUCAAGCUGCAACUAAAGAAAACGCGGAAAACAACUAGAAUUGUGUGAACUAAGUAAUGAAUGAGAAAAUAAAAUCACCCUCUGGGCAGGGUGGUGCUGGAUCAGGUCCUGGUCCUGUUGGUGGUGGCCCACAAACAGCAACAGCUGGCAGUAAUGGUGGCAGCGGCGCUAAUAAUCCCGGUGGCAAUGGAAAUGCACCCGGUGGCGGAUCUUCCGCACCAGUCGGCAGUACGCCCGGUGGUAGUGGACCACCAACACCCAACAAUGGCAGUGAUACACCGGCACAAAUGCCACCACAUCCCUAUGGACCACCACCGGGUAGUGGUGAUCCUGUAAUGUCACAUUAUCACAUGCAUCAACAGCCACCACACCCGCAACAUAUGCCACCACAUCAACAGAUUGUUGGUGGUCCACCACCACCACCGCCGUCAUCACAAAAUCCCGGUGAACAUCCGCAAAAAGAUGUCGGUGCUGAGUAUGGACAAAAUCCAUUGGGUGGUCCGCCACCACCAAUGCCCGGUCAUCAUCCAAUGUACGGUCGUUAUCAUCAUGCCGAUCCAAAUAUGGAUCCAUAUCGCUAUGGACAUUCGCCAAUGCAACAGCCACCACCAGGUGGUAAACCACAACAGUCAGCGCCGGGUGGUGGACCCGGUAUUGGUUCACCAAAUCGACCACCACCACAACGCUAUAUACCAGGACAAGCUCCACAGGGGCCAACACCCACAUUGAAUUCAUUGUUGCAAUCGUCACAUCCUCAACCACCACCUCAGCAUAGGUAUACGAACAGUUAUGAUCCACAACAACCUCCGCAACAGCCUCCGCCAUCACAAUCCCAGCCACCGCCACAAGGUGGAGCAGGUGGUGGCCCGCCACAGCCACCAGGUGGACCGGGAGGUGUACAAGGUGGUCCACCGCCACCACAACACGGAGGACCACCACCACCAUCGCAUCAGCCACAUCAGUCACCAUACGGUGGUCAACAGACAGGUUGGGCACCACCGCCCAGACCCUAUAGUCCACAAUUGGGACCUUCGCAGCAGUAUAGAACCCCACCACCGGUAAGUUGA